AUGACAGGGUGCUGGUCACCUUCCCAGAACUGGCAUCGCCCAGGAUGGAUGAUCGUGCUGCUGCUAAUGACUGGCUCAUGUUUAUUGUUCCCUGUAUUUAAGAGCAUUUUGUGUCACAUUCAUGCUGCAGUGACAGGAGGUUACAUCUCUGGGUCUCACUCCCUGGCUUUCAUCAAUUGUCCAAAUGACCAGGUCGCUAAAGAUAUUGCCAGGGGCAUUCUGGAGAAGAAACUGGCAGCCAGUGUGAAUAUUAUGCCAAAGAGCUCAUCACUGUACAUCUGGAAAGGAGAAAUAGAGGAAUCUACUGAGGUACUUUUAAUAGCGAAAACCAGGACAGCAGAGAUAAACGAAUUAUCAGGAUAUGUCAGAUAUAUUCAUCCCUUUGAAACACCAGAUUUUCUGACAGUGCCAAUUGGAGAUGGAAACACAGAUUAUUUCAGAUGGAUUGAAGAUGUUAUGUCAGAGAAAUGA